CGGUCAAUAGACGAAGACAAACCGGGAAACGGAUUGUGAGUGUUAUUCAAAUCGAGCGAAUGAAUCGCCGGUGAGUCAGAGUAAAACACACUUGCAAUCCCGCUCAUCAGAUAUGAACACGCCGUCGCGAUAAGGUCUUAUCAGACACUGCGGAGCCCGUGGUUCGAUUGGAUAAAAGCCAAAGUAAAAAACACGCAGGUGAAACACCUCGCGUAUUUGACGCACGUACUCGGGAGUAAAAACCACGUAGAUUACGAAUCAGCGAGGAUGUGUGUAAACGUACGUGUUCGUGUGUUUCCUUUCAAGAUAAAUGUUGUCACACCAAUCCGAUAUCUCGCUCUGUCGACUGACUAAGGCUUGUUGCGCAUAUUGUCCGGCAGUGUGUAGACAUUUUUAUGGGAGACAUCGAGCAUAUUUUCCAACAGCAAGGUGACGCAUGACAAUUGAUUGCCCGAAACGGGGGAAAAGUUCGUCUAAAUUAUCUGCUCGGAACAGACUUUGAAAAAUUAACAAAAAUCUGGAAUCAUGGGGAGCUCAGUUAGUACAAAACAAAUUACCCAGGAAAAGUUGGAGGAGUAUUGCCAGCUGACUUUUUUAACGAAAGCCGAAAUCAUGCACAUUUACAAGCUCUUCAAAACUUUGGGACCGGAAGAAUUGAAUGAAGAUUUUAAACACAGAUUCCCUGUCGAACAUAUUGUCAAGAUUUUUCCAGCGAUACGGCAUAAUCCUUUCCGCGAUUCAAUCAUGAGGGUCUUCUCUUCGGAACAAGACGGUCAUUUUAGCUUCGAGGACACUCUCGACUUGUGUUCUGCACUUUCGGAAAACUGCCCGGAGGAGGUCCGAGCCGCUUGGGCAUUUCGAAUUUUCGACUUCGACGGCGAUAAUCAGCUGUCGCUUGAUGAUUUGAUCGAAUCUAUAGAGAGAUUAACUGGUUUAAACGAGAACAGCGAGCCUCGAAUUGAUCGGCCAAGUUCCGAGUACAUUGCCCAAGCGGUGCUUCAAGAGAUGGACAUGGACCAUACCGGAAGUAUUGCGCCUCAAGAGUUCGUACACAUCGUUUCCAGGAUGCCAGAAUUCACGCUCACGUUCAGAUUCAUGCCUUAGCUACGAGGAAAGCAUACUGUCGUGGGUAUAAUUACGAAACAAGUCUAUCAGUUGGAACGGAAUUCUACGAGAGCACCGUGGUUUAAAUUCCUACGUGUCAGCGAACGCCAUGACUAACACACGGAAUGAAAAGUACCGAAGUUUUAUUGAUUAAACAGUUUUAGUUCGUAAUUACCGUUCAAUUGCCGUAGAAAGUACAUCGAAUAUUGCAACAGUUAGUGGAUCAAAAUCAUAUUCUAGUCAGGGUUAUUCGUUACAAAAUCUCUGAUUGCGCGAUUGGCUUUUGGAUGAAAAUUAUUUUGUCAUAAGUGUAUUAAAUUAUUUGAAGAA